GGCGGCUGCAUGAGUGAUUUUUGUGUCGCUGUGAAUAUUCCAUAGAAAGUAUUAAAAUAAAGAAACAAAAUAUAAAAUAAAAGCACGCAAUAAAAAUCACAAAUUUGUGAAAUUAUUUGUGUACACAGUGUAUAUUUAUUUAUACAUACUUAUAAAAAAAGUAUUCGUGAACACAAAUAAAUAAAACAAAGUAAAUAUAUAGUAGGAACGGUGCCACAAAAAAUCAGCUUAUUUUGGAAAACGUCAAAUUGCAAACAUCACUGGUGAUCAAGCGUGUCAAUAUACGUACAUAAUUUCAUUCAAAAAAAGAAUAAUGGCAAAAGUGCAGCAGUUAAAUGGAUUGCUGAACGAUAAAUCCGAAACCAAAGGAGAGGAAUUCAUUGAUAUAGGAGACAAUGCAUCGGAUAGAGAUCACCUGACCAAUGAUUAUUUCAUAAAUUCGGAACGUAGUGAAGUUGAUGGACCAAUACAGGUUCCAGAGGAAUUGGAUGCCUUGGAAGACAUUUCUUCAGUGGAUGUCAAUGCGUACGCCCAUAAGAAAACCUUAGCUCAGGGUAUGAUGGAUUUAGCACUACUAACAGCAAACGCCAACCAGUUACGUUAUGUGCUCGAGACCUACAAUAGACAUCCAUAUUUCUACCCCAGCCUGAUUUUCCUAAUACUCAGUAUUGGCUUCCAAAUAGCUGUUGGUGUUGGUUUAAUCCUUAACAGUCGUUACAACAUUGAAGAUAAAAAGGAGGUGUGCCAUGCUGAGAAAGUUAGCAAUUACACAAUUUGUGGCAUUUUUAUAAUAACUGUGAUUAAUGUGUUCAUUUCCGCAUUCGGUGUAGCGGAGAGCCCUGGGAAUUGAUAAAUGAGAGCUGUAAUGAAUACAUUUAUGAAAAAACAAAAAGUGAAUAGAGUAUUUCCGGUGCUAAUUUUAUAUCACGUUAACCACAAUCAUUAAUUUUUUAAGAUUAAAGUUAAAUAAGUGACCACACAAAUUGUGGAAUAUAUGUAAUUGUGUAAAAGCACUCGAUUCGAGUGGUGGUUUUAUGUUAUUUUCAUGCCUGUUUGCAAGAAAUGUGAACUAGCAGGCUAUAUCUUCUAUUUUAAAAUUAACUGGCAAUCGGUUAGUCAGAUGUGACCAAAGCUAAAUUAAGUCGAAAAUAUGACUCGAAAUGUUUAUGCAUCUAAAUUAAACGUCUUAAAAUUACGUAAUCAAUUAAUGUAUGUACAUUCAGUAUAAAGUAUAUUUUU